CGAGACUACCCGAAAUCGAUGGCUGGUCACUUCCUGUCAAAACGGAUGAAAAUUGUUGUUUACAAAAAUAUCCUUUUCCAGCAUCGAUUUAUCAAAAAACCUAAAAUGUAGCGAUGGGCAGCGAUAAAGAAAGUCAUCGGCUAAAGAUCUGGUGAAAUGGGUUCACGAUUAAGGGCAAACCCUGAGAGAAUAUUUGAAGUUUUCCUUGAAGUAGCCAAGCCUGACGGAGAAAAGGAUGGAAAGGGAACGUUUAUUGUCCAAAAGUAUCCUCCAACUUUUAAUGAUGAGGAUACCCUCAAAUCCGUGCCCAGUUUUGCUUUCCCCUGCGAGACAGACAGGUAUACGACAACCGUGGACCAUUUCACCUUUGUGUUGACGGACUUGGAAAGUAAAUACAAGUUUGGGUAUUGCCGCUAUGCCACUGGAGCUCAGACAUGUUUGUGCAUCGUCAGCUGCCUGCCUUGGUUCGAGGUUUUCUACAGCCUCCUUAACCUGUUGGCCGAGAUGAUCAACCGGAGUGAAGACAACGAUGUAACGGAACUUCUACGGGCAGCGUACGCUAAUGGCGUCCCUUCUCCUAACAUGCCAACCACUAUUGUGGCAGGACAAGAGUUUUGGAAAUUCACACCACCAGAUCUAGAAAAACUUCCAAGUAUUCCCACAAGUAGGAAUUUAACAGAGUAUUACAAUGCAGUGGAUACUGAGAAAAUGAUGAUCAUUUUUGCCAGCAUGCUUAAUGAGCGGCGUAUUUUGAUAACAUCCAAACGACUGAAUCGUCUGACAGCCUGUGUGCACGCUUCUGCAACUCUUCUUUACCCAAUGCACUGGCAACACUUAUUCAUUCCAGUUCUACCAGCUUUCCUUAUUGACUACCUCAGUGCACCAAUGCCAUAUUUAAUAGGAGCUCAUAAAUCACUAGUAGAGAAAAUGAGAGACAGUGAGCUAGGUGAUGCUGUUGUGGUGGAUGUUGAUGAGAAUAAAAUCCUGAAGAACUGUUUUAAUGACUUAGAAGAACUGCCAUCAGAUAUUCAAUCCUACUUGAAGAAACACCUAAAGAAGGACAAGAUAGCACUUGCUAUGGGAACAUCUGGUGAUGCCAUUCCAAGAACCUUCCUCAUGGCACUUGUCAAGUUAAUAGGAGGCUACAGGGAUGCCCUAAAGUUUCAUCCAGGAGAAGAGAUUACAUUCAAUCCUCAGGCUUUUGUACAGUCCAGACCAGAAAAUAUGCAACCAUUCCUAGAAAAAAUUCUUCACCUGCAGAUAUUUCAAGAAUUCAUCAAUGAAAGAUUGGACAUGUUAAACUGUGGAGAGGGAUUCACAGAUAUUUUUGAGAGAGAGGCCAUGACAAGGGCAGAUAAAUUGAAUACUCAAUCUCGCUACAAAGACUGGCUUCAUAACGUUAAGUCGCAGGGUAAAAGGUUUCAGAGAGGAGGCAAGGAUGUUUGGGCAGAUUUCAAGGAAAAGGCUGCUCCAACUGUUACCAAUAUGAUGGAUAAUAUUCGAGACAGAACAAAGAAAAAUUUCUCCAACAUUAGAGACAGAUUAAAUGACCUUCAAAAAUCCAAGGAUGAAAGUAAAUCUUCACGUUCACCUGGGGUCCGUCACGAUCGACCGAAAACCAUCAAUCUGGGACAAGACCUGCGCGCCCAGCGACCAAUGAGGCCAGGAAAAUCCCCUGACACGCAGUCUGUGAAGUCUUUAAAGGUCUAUGGAACUCAAGAAAGGAUGACAAAGUACAAGAUAAUUGAAGAAAAAGAGAAGACGCAGGAUGACUCUGGAAUGGAUUUACCUUACAACCGAGUUAGUAUCAAUCUCCUAGGUGACCCUGACAUCCAGAAUGCCCUGAAUAAAUCGGCCAGUGCUGAAGACCUUGUCUCCCCGCGGGGGUACUCCUUGAUUGACAUGGCCGAGGAAUCAGAUUCCUCCUGCAACAGUUCCCCUGCUUUCUCCUCCCUCAUAGAGAUUGAUUCCCACAGUAUUGGAUCCACUGGCACCCAGGACAGCUUCAGUGCUCUCCCCUUGGCCGAUGGCUCAGACUCUCAGAGCAAUACAUCAGACUUUGAAAACAUAGGCUCUCGACCAGUGGCUCCACCAAGGCGUAAGAAGAUGGAAAGGAAUAAGAAUGAAAAUCUGGUUGUGAAGGAUCGGAUAAUAGGUGCUAGACCCAGGCCUGCACCUAGGAAAAGUCUAACAGACGAAGUGAAAGUAGAAGCUGAACAAGUUAAAACUGAAAGUGAAACAAAGCCAGCGGAAGUGUCUAAGCCCCUGAUUCAAUUAGAUUCGGUGGAUGAUGAUUUUGAUCCGUUCUCCUCACCUAAAUCACAAACUGUUGGAACAGUCGCGACACUGAGAGAGAUAAGUGAAGGAUCACCAUUGCUUAAGAGAGCAGACGCUUUUAAGAAACAGAACGGCAGAACACCAAGAGACAAUUCCUCUGAAAGGAAAACUGAUAGUAAUGUGACACAACCAAAGGGACUGGAUGGCAUUGAAACUUUUGAUCCAUUAAGUAACCCUUCUUCAGAACAAACAGAAGCCAAGGAAGAACCCAGGAAAAGUGUGCACGAACUAAUGCAGGCCUGGGAACUAAAUAACUUACCCAUAUCCCAAAACCCAGCCCACCCUGGAGCAAAACCUUCUCUUGCACAAAAGUCACAUUUAGGCUUUCCCAGCCCUCCCCAUUUCACUUCUAGUCAACAUCAACCCCUCUCUAGACUAAGUAAUUUUUCCCCUCACAAAAUUCAACAGGCCUCUGUAGAAAUGUCUGGCCAUAGACUUGCCCAUUCCUCUGUGCAUUCUUCUGUGGCGUCCUCUCAUCAUACCAGUGGUAGCUCCGUGGGGAGCUCCACCGCAUCAGCUGACCGAUCGUCAGAUCCGUUCACAGACUUACUAGAACAGUCACUUAAAAGCGGGGGAAGUCCCUCGCCACAGAAAAAAUGGGAGACAUUUGAAUAACUGUGUUUUGAAUGGGUAACAGAGAAGGUUUUAGUGGUAUCAUGUGCCAGAAAUGUGUUGGGAUUCGGUAGUAUUUAUGUAGUUCUGUUAAUUACAAUAUCUAUGAAUGAUAAUGCUACUCCAUUAUUUUUGGCUGGUCUACUUUUAUUGCCAUCUAUGAAUGGUUCAAGAACUAAGUGACUGCUUAUCACUCUAUAUUUAUUAAACUAUAUUUUUCCCCCCCCCCCCCCCCCCAAGAUUUUAGAAUUUUUAAUUUAAAAAUGCUUUUUUUAGUGAUUAUGAUGUUUAAAAAUCCAAGACUAAAGAGAAGCUAAAUCAAAUUAUUUUUUAUCAUGUUUAUAAAAUUAUUACUAACUUUACAUAUACUUAUUCCGUAUUUGCAUUAAUGGCAAAUUUACAAAUCAAAUUUUGUACUCUUUAAUAACAAUAAAUAGCAUUUAAAAGGAAGAAAAAACAUUCCAAAUUACAAUAAGAAAUAUUUGAGAUACUGAUUAUAUUAAUUUAAACAAAACAGAAUAGAUUUCUGGGCUUUGUUAAACUGGUGUAGCCGGACUGUAAUUUCAAAUGUUCUUCCAGUUUAGUAUUACAGUAAAACUUGUUGAAUAAGGUCACCAUUGUUUCCAUAGAAAUCGGUUGUAUUAGAAAACAUUCUGGAUUAGACAGCAUUUCAACCAAUUAAAUUUACUUAUAGAAACUUGAUGUUUACUUUUAUAGAGACUUGAUGUUUACUUUGUAUUAGGCAAGAGUUCGGAAUAAAAUAACAUCCAGAUAAGACAAGUUUUACUGUACUAUAUGAUUUUAUGCAAUUUAAUGAAUGAAAAAUACAUGUAUUUCCACCUUUCUGCCUCUUUGUAAUAGAAAUUUGCUCAGAUGAAGGAUACCUAUACAGUGAGGAAUGGAAGUGAGCUAUCAAUAUAUGGAGCACUGAGCAGCAGCCACAAAUAAAAUGGCUCAAAUAAUAAUUUCUUUAAAAAGCAUGCAAAGGUUAGAUAUUUACUACCGGGUAAUUAUUAUCAGUACUGAAAACUAAAAUUGAUCAGAUUUUAAAUGGUACCCUUGAAACCAAAUAUUCCAUAUCAUAGGUUAUUAUAACAAACCUUUGAAUAGUAUACCAGUAUUUCAGAUCGAUAUAUUGCUUGAAAUGUGUUUUUAUGCGAUAAUCAAGCCCAAACAAGUUUUGUCAGUUUGCAGGUCUAUAGAAGAAUUUGUCACUCGUUUUCCCCAUCUUGUUUUUCAAUUGCUCUCUGUUUAAGAUUUAAUGUUAAUGAUGUUUUAGUCUUGCUUGUAUGUAAAAAACAAAUAUAUUUUUAUGAAAGAGUG